UUUAUCAAGAAGAAAACUACAGGAUUCCUACCCCAAUCUCGAUGACAGAUGAGCUUGAUGACCCAGACAUUUUGGUUGGUGUUAAUAGAGAUGCAGAAGAUAUUGAUGCAGCAGAAAUUGAGUUGACAACUAACCAAAUGGAAGAGGAUCUUGAGGAUGAAGAAGAAGAUUUUGAAGAUGAACAAACUGAGGAAGAGGAGCAUGAGGCUGAGGAAGAUUAAAAUACAACAUGCAUAUUUAUGAAUGCUAAUAUAACUAAUUUUAGACUUAUAAAUUAUAGUUGUGCAGACAUGAGAAAGAGCAAAGAGAAAGCAACAGGUCCACUGAUUGUUCUUUACUUUGAUUGAAUUUGUUGACAUUUACAUUGUGAAAUAACUAUAACUUUUUAUUGUUGUGCAGUUAUGGCCAAGAAAAAAGGGAAAGCAAUAGGUAAUGGAAAAGCAGCUUUAAUACUGGCUGCUACUCAAGUUCCUCCUCAACCUCCUAGGUUGCCUGAGCGUGUCGAGGAAUGUCAUGAUGAUGAUGAUUACAUUCCUGAUGGGGACAUGAUUGAAGAGUUGGAUGCAAAUGAAGAAAUAAAUGAUGAAGAAAUGAAUGGUGCAGUGCAAAAUCAUGAGGAUACAAUGAAUGAGGAUCAGAUGAAUGAUGAACUUGGAAUUGAUUCAAGACAGAGCAAUGGCCCAGAACCAACCCUUAAAGCCCCUGUUGAUGCAAAUGGAAAAGUGAUUGUUAGGUGCAAAAGAGGAAUGUUUCUUGAUUAUGAGGUCAGUCACAAAGCUGUUGCUAUCAUGCGCCAAUUUUUUAAUGGUCCGUGGUUGUCAUGGAGGGAGGUCCCUACACAUGCUAAAGUUGGAAUGUGGAACAAAUUUGAGGAGAUACACACAAUUCUUCCAGGACAAUUGCAUCAUGUGCAUGAAGUUUGGAACAAGCAUUGUCAGCGACGAUUGACAACCUCAUUAGGGAAGGUCAGAAGCCAAAAGCUUCUGGAAGCAAAAGGAGAUUUAAACAAAGCCCGUGAUAAACCCCCUAAUUGGAUCUCUAGAGAAAAUUGGAAUAAGCUAAUUGAUAUUUGGAUCUCUCCAAAAUGGAAGAAGAAAUCAGAAGCCAACAAAAAUAAUAGAAACACCAUGAAGAACGGUAGCAUCUCUAAACACUGUGGAGGAUCAAUCACAUUUGUGAAUCAUGACGAACGAUUGGUACAUAUCUUUAUUCAAUUAGAUUUCUAUAAUAAUUUUUAUAUUAUUGUUCAGUCAUCUUAAAUUAGCCCAUUAUAUGUUAAUGAAUUUUUUCUUUUCUCUUUUGUAGAAAUUAAAGUUAGGCAGGGAGCCAACAAUAGUUGAAUCUUUU